GAGAGCCCCGCGCGUCCCGGUCCAGGAGCGAAACUAUGUCAGGAAUGGAGCUUUGCUAAAGCAGAAAAUUCGAAGGCGCACAUUAAACUGGUGGAUGCAGCAGAUGUAAGCGCUGUGCAAACAUCUCAAACCAGUUCAGAUGUUGCUGUUUCCUCAAGUUGCAGGUCUAUGGAAAUGCAGGAUCUAACCAGCCCGCAUAGUCGUCUGAGUGGUAGUAGUGAAUCCCCCAGUGGUCCCAAACUCGAUAACUCUCAUAUAAAUAGUAAUUCCAUGACUCCCAAUGGCACCGAAGUUAAAACAGAGCCGAUGAGCAGCAGUGAAAUAGCUUCAACAACAGCAGACGGGUCUUUAGACAAUUUCUCAGGUUCAGCAAUUGGGAGCAGUAGCUUCAGCCCAAGACCAACUCACCAGUUUUCUCCACCACAGAUUUAUCCUUCCAACAGACCAUACCCACAUAUUCUCCCUACCCCUUCCUCACAAACUAUGGCUGCAUAUGGGCAAACACAGUUUACCACAGGGAUGCAGCAAGCAACAGCGUAUGCCACAUACCCCCAGCCAGGACAGCCCUAUGGAAUUCCCUCCUAUGGUGCAUUGUGGGCAGGCAUCAAGACUGAAGGUGGACUGUCACAGUCUCAGUCACCCGGACAGACAGGAUUUCUCAGCUAUGGCACAAGCUUUGGUACGCCUCAACCUGGACAGGCACCAUACAGCUACCAGAUGCAAGGUAGCAGUUUUACAACAUCAUCAGGAUUAUAUACAGGAAAUAAUUCACUCACAAAUUCCUCCGGAUUUAACAGUUCACAGCAGGACUAUCCAUCUUAUCCCAGUUUUGGCCAGGGUCAGUACGCACAGUAUUAUAACAGCUCACCAUAUCCUGCACAUUAUAUGACCAGCAGCAACACCAGCCCAACGACUCCGUCCACCAAUGCCACUUACCAGCUUCAAGAGCCUCCAUCUGGCAUCACCAGCCAGGCAGUCACAGAUCCCACAGCAGAGUACAGUACAAUACACAGCCCAUCGACACCCAUUAAAGAUUCAGAUUCUGAUCGAUUACGUCGAGGUUCAGAUGGGAAAUCACGUGGACGGGGCCGAAGAAACAAUAAUCCUUCCCCUCCCCCGGAUUCUGAUCUUGAGAGAGUGUUCAUCUGGGACUUGGACGAGACGAUCAUCGUCUUCCAUUCCUUGCUCACGGGGUCCUAUGCCAACAGAUACGGGAGGGAUCCACCCACUUCAGUUUCCCUUGGACUGCGAAUGGAAGAAAUGAUUUUCAACUUGGCAGACACACAUCUGUUUUUUAAUGACUUAGAAGAAUGUGACCAAGUUCAUAUAGACGAUGUUUCAUCAGAUGAUAAUGGACAAGAUCUAAGCACGUAUAACUUUGGAACAGAUGGCUUUCCUGCUGCAGCAACCAGUGCUAAUUUAUGCUUGGCAACUGGAGUACGAGGCGGCGUGGACUGGAUGAGAAAACUGGCCUUCCGCUACAGACGAGUAAAAGAGAUCUACAACACCUACAAAAAUAAUGUUGGAGGUCUGCUUGGUCCCGCUAAGAGGGAAGCCUGGCUGCAGCUGAGGGCUGAGAUUGAAGCACUGACCGACUCCUGGCUGACCCUGGCCCUGAAAGCGCUCUCUCUCAUCCACUCCCGGACGAACUGUGUGAAUAUUUUAGUAACAACUACUCAGCUCAUCCCAGCAUUGGCGAAAGUCCUGCUAUAUGGAUUAGGAAUUGUAUUUCCCAUAGAAAAUAUUUACAGUGCAACUAAAAUAGGAAAGGAAAGCUGUUUUGAGAGGAUAAUUCAGAGGUUUGGAAGGAAAGUGGUGUACGUUGUUAUAGGAGACGGUGUCGAAGAAGAGCAAGGAGCAAAAAAGCACGCGAUGCCCUUCUGGAGGAUCUCCAGUCACUCGGACCUCAUGGCGCUACAUCAUGCCUUGGAACUGGAGUACCUGUAACAGCUGCAUGGCACUUUGAAACUGCACAACUGCUGUGUAACCAGGGACAAAUCCAACAGGCCUGAGUCUCAUGUCAGCGCUGGACUCCAGAAUUUAGCAAUUUCGACAUACUGACGCACAGCUGCUGCCAGUCUUGACCUCUGCCCUUGUGGUAAAUGGAGGACCACGUCUAUUCAGAACAGCUGUUGACUCUAGUACUGUGAAUCCAAUGAAAAUAAGCCAUGAGAAUGUUCUAGCACAGUGUAAUGUGUCUUUGCCACAUUAACUACAUGGUUCAAACCUGUGAAGAAAGGACCUGCGAACGCUUCAAUUUUUAGCAUUUUCAAAGUGACAUUAAACAGCUUCUCCAGUACAGCAAACUUGAUUGCACAACAGAGACUGAAAUGUGUUUCCUAAAUUUUCUUGUAAAGAAGGUUUACUUUUUGGUGUCUCAUACCCAGGGUAAUCUGUACAUCUCUACUUAUUUAUAAACAGACUUUUUUUUUAAAAAAAAAAAAAAAAAAAACAGCUUUAUUGAGGUAUAAUUCACAUACCGUACAGUUCACCUGAACAGACUUUUUUGACAUCAAACAAUUGGACAGACAGACAAUAGCAUAAGAAAUAAGUGAUUAAAGGCCUUUGCCUCAUAACACGGCAUGUACUUUGAAUUUUAGCACAUUGCAAAGUAGUUUAAAGUAUGUCUAAUUUAAACGUAUAUGUACAUCACUGAGACAAUCAUGUACAGAAAGAAUUUUUGGUGUAAAUUUGUAAUAAUGGAUGAUUCUUUUACAUAUCGUUUAGGGAAAUGGUAUUGAUAGUGAAGCAGGAGGCAGCACAUGCACAAGCCCGUGUGCAGUGCCUUAUCUAAGUAUUGGGUAUAAAUAUGUAGAUAUGGAUUUUUUUUUUUAGAUACUGUUGUCAAGACCAAAAGCAUGGAUGUCGAUUGUCGAUAAGGAUUUUGUUUUCCCAUCAGUUCUGCUAUCUAAAUUUUUAAAUGCUAUUAGGAGGGCCUUGAUAAAGUAACACAGCAGAUUCUUAAAUAAUUUGAAAAAAUAAGUCCUCUUAGCACCUCACUUUUUCAUUUCAACACUAAUGUAUUAUAUGUAACUACUUGGAAAAAAUGAUUAUUCAAAUGCUUCUUCCCACAGAAGGAAUAUAGAUGAUAGAUAUAUUUUAUUAAUAAAAUGGUUCAUGAAUUGGAGACUAGCAAAGUUUUCAUGUGCUCAGAAUUACUAUCGUGUCUACAUUGUCUUGUUUAGAUAAAGGAGGACAUGACCACAUAUCUGGACAUCAGAAAAACUUUGCAUUACUCCCAAUGUUCAUAUUUUCUCUGUGUUCUUCCCCACCCAGAGGAAAGUUCAUUGCCAGCGGUGGAUGUGGCCUGGUCAUCACCAGGGAAACAAUGUUACUGUCCACCUCUAUUAUAUAUUACAUAAUCUGGGAAAUAAAAGUUGUCACCUUUGUCAUACCAUAAGAAAGUUUCUCCAAAAGUGAUCAGUUUGUCUGAGCACUAGUUUCUCUCAGCUAAAGCUUUCCACUGUCAUGAAAUUACUCUUUGGAUGAAUUUUCUUUUAUAUUGGAGAAAAACACAAGCUUUGACCCAGAGUAGCUAAAGAGCUACUCCAACCUUUUCUGAAGUUUCAUGUUGCUGCUAGAAUUAGUUAUUUGUGAAUUCUCCAAAUUAUUUAAAUCAACAAUUGAAUUAUUUUUUUUCCUUUCUUUCUUGGCAAACAGAAGUGGAUAAUUUUUUGACCUUUCAUUGUAUGUUUUUGUACUCUGCAAAGACAAAGUUUAUCUUGGCCUUACUGUAUAAAGGUGUGUUGUGUCCACAGUUGUGUACAGAAUUUCUCUUCAUUAAUUGUGUUUAAAUUAAUAAAAUUGAUUUGUGAAGUAC